AUGCCGUGUGAAGACAUGAUGUAUGAAGCCAUGCCGUAUGGAGUCAUGAUGUGUGAAGCCAUGCUGUAUGAAGCCAUGAUGUAUGAAGCCAUGCCGUAUGGAGUCAUGAUGUGUGAAGCCAUGCUGUAUGAAGCCAUGAUGUGUGAAGCCAUGAUGUAUGAAGCCAUGAUGUGUGAAGCCAUGAUGUGUGAAGCCAUGCCGUAUGAAGCCAUGAUGUGUGAAGCCAUACCGUAUGAAGCCAUGAUGUGUGAAGCCAUGAUGUGUGAAGCCAUGCCGUAUGAAGCCAUGAUGUGUGAAGCCAUGAUGUAUGAAGCCAUGAUGUGUGAAGCCAUGAUGUGUGAAGCCAUGCCGUAUGAAGCCAUGAUGUGUGAAGCCAUGAUGUGUGAAGCCAUGCUGUAUGAAGCCAUGAUGUGUGAAGCCAUGAUGUGUGAAGCCAUGCCGUAUGAAGCCAUGAUGUGUGAAGCCAUGCCGUAUGAAGCCAUGAUGUGUGAAGCCAUGCCGUAUGGAGUCAUGAUGUGUGAAGCCAUGAUGUAUGAAGCCAUGAUGUGUGAAGCCAUGAUGUGUGAAGCCAUGCCGUAUGAAGCCAUGAUGUGUGAAGCCAUGCCGUAUGAAGUCAUGAUGUGUGAAGCCAUGAUGUAUGAAGCCAUGAUGUGUGAAGCCAUGAUGUGUGAAGCCAUGCCGUAUGAAGCCAUGAUGUGUGAAGCCAUGAUGUGUGAAGCCAUGCCGUAUGAAGCCAUGAUGUGUGAAGCCCUGAUGUAUGAAGCCAUGAUGUGUGAAGCCAUGCCGUAUGAAGCCAUGAUGUGUGAAGCCAUGAUGUGUGAAGCCAUGCCGUAUGAAGCCAUGAUGUGUGAAGCCAUGCCGUAUGAAGCCAUGAUGUGUGAAGCCAUGAUGUGUGAAGCCAUGCCGUAUGAAGCCAUGAUGUGUGAAGCCAUGAUGUGUGAAGCCAUGAUGUAUGAAGCCAUGAUGUGUGAAGCCAUGAUGUGUGAAGCCAUGCCGUAUGAAGCCAUGAUGUGUGAAGCCAUGAUGUAUGAAGCCAUGAUGUGUGAAGCCAUGAUGUGUGAAGCCAUGCCGUAUGAAGCCAUGAUGUGUGAAGCCAUGAUGUGUGAAGCCAUGCCGUAUGAAGCCAUGAUGUGUGAAGCCAUGAUGUGUGAAGCCAUGAUGUGUGAAGCCAUGAUGUGUGAAGCCAUGCCGUAUGAAGCCAUGAUGUGUGAAGCCAUGCCGUAUGAAGCCAUGAUGUGUGAAGCCAUGAUGUGUGAAGCCAUGCCGUAUGAAGCCAUGAUGUGUGAAGCCAUGAUGUGUGAAGCCAUGAUGUGUGAAGCCAUGCUGUAUGAAUCCAUGAUGUGUGAAGCCAUGCUGUAUUAA